AUGGAUGUCUAUAACCUAACAGCCUUCACGGACUUCAUCCUCAUAGGGAUCUCUGACCUUCCUAAGGUUCGCUACCUUCUCUUCAUUGCGCUUACUGCUAUCUAUCAGAUCACCUUGUUGGGAAAUUGUGCUAUUCUUCUUGCUAUUGCAACUGAGAAAAAGCUGCACACACCCAUGUAUUAUUUUUUGGCAAACCUGUCCCUUUUGGACAUUUCCUACCCAUCAAUUACUGUUCCAAAGAUACUCAAUAACUUCUUGACCAAUAAGCAGAACAUUUCUUUUGUUGGGUGUGCUUUGCAGCUUUUUUUUUUAGUAGCACUGGCAGGGACAGAAGUCUUCCUUCUCUCUGUCAUGGCUUAUGACCGGUAUGUGGCCAUAUGUUUCCCCCUUCAUUACACCCUUAUCAUGACAAAGAAGCUCUGUGUCCAGCUCACAACUGGUACCUGGACAUUCGGGUUUUUGCACUCUCUUUUGCACACCGUGAUCACAUUCCGCCUAUCUUUCUGUAAAUCUAAUCGAGUCCACCAAUAUUAUUGUGAUAUCCCCCCACUAGUGGCCCUGUCUUGCUCUUCCACAUAUGUGUCAGAAAUACUUGCCUUAGUCCUUGGAGGCAUCUCAGGGAUCAGCACCUUCAUUAUUACUGGUAUCUCUUAUUUCUACAUAAUAUCUACGAUCCUAAAGAUCCAGUCAGUGGAUGGGAAGCGCAAAGCCUUUUCCACUUGUGCUUCUCACCUCCUAGUAGUUGGUUUGUUCUAUGGUACAGCAUUGUUUAAUUAUGUCCGCCCUUCCAGCUACCACUCCAGAGCUAAAGACAGGUUCAUUUCAAUGCUGAAUGUGGUCAUUACCCCAAUGUUAAACCCCAUUAUCUAUAGCUUGAGAAACACUGAAGUAAAAGGAGGUCUCAAAAAGAUUUUAUGCAUAAACCUAAAACAUGUUUAA